UAUAUAAUUGGGUCUGAGAGUAACCGUCCAAGGCUUCCAGUUCUUAAGCAAAGCUCCCAUUUCGCCCCUCGAAAGCGUGGCUGUCCUCCAUUCGGCGGCCAUGGCGGACAAGAAGAGAAAAGUGAGAGACGAGAUGAAGCAGAAGGCAACAAAGACUAACAAAAAGUUCAAUGGCAAGUCAUUGAGCAACAAGAAUAAGAAAGACGAUAAAGGAAAGAAGAGGAAGACCGGUCCUCGUUUGCCUAACGCGCUGCGAAAGGAGCUCGACCGCAUAAAUCCUGAUAACCAAUUUAACGGCGAAGAAGACGAAGAUAUACUCUCUGAUGAGGUAAACGACUUCUAUGAGUACGAGGAAGAGGUGGCUGAAGAAGAGUCGAAGAAGAACCGCCGUUAUGAUCCUGUCGAGAACUACGAGUACCAAUUGCCUGAGAAAUUCAAGGAUGAGAAUGUGCAAUCGGAUGAUGACGAUGACGAUGGUAAUGAUAAGAACAAUGGUGAUGCUAACAAGUUUAAGGAUUCAAAAGUUAAAAGGAAAAACUUAGACCAACUUAAUAAUGAUUUUCAAGAGGAAGAUGAUGAAAGGCAUUUAAGGAUGUUGCAAGGAAUCACUGGAAUGCCAACUGAGGCUUUUGAAGACAAGAAGAAGAAGAAGAAGAAUUUCGUCAUAUCCGAGGCAUAUCCUGAGUCUGAAUAUAACCCAACUCGUGAUAUUCUAGAUGGUGAUGGCCGCAUUACAAUUGAAGAUCUUCUGGGAAGUCUUCAGGGAAAGCCUGCGUAUAGCCAACUACGUAAGAGAACCCAUCAGAUGGAGAAAAAGACUGCUCCUCUCCAUGCUCCUCUUUCAAAGGAUGUUCGAGAUAUGUUGGAGAGGAAGGCAGCUUAUGAACAAUCAAAGAAGGAUAUUACAAAGUGGGAGCCCUUAGUUAAAAGAAAUAGAGAGGCUCCUACCAUUAUUUUUGACAGAGAUACGGAAUUGGGUUUUUCAACUGUGGGGGCAAUAGCUUCUGAAUUUGAACCUAGAACAGAGUUUGAGAAGAAGAUGGCUUCAUUAGUUUAUGAUGACAAGGUUAUGGAAGCUCAUAAAGAAGAUGGUGCCAGACUUCUUGAGUUAAAUAAGAUCUCUGCUGAAGAUGUCAAAGACAAAUGGAAUCAUAUUGCUAAAAUGCGCAGCCUUCUUUUCCGUCACGAAGUGAAAAUGAAACGCAUCAAAAAGAUAAAAUCCAAAGUUUAUCAUCGAAUGCUGAAAAAAGAUAGAUUGAAAGUGUCAUCAGAUGAAAUGCAUAUGGAUCCGGAAGCAGCUAAGGAACAAGCAAUGAAGCAAGAGUUCAAACGGGCAGAGGAACGCAUGACUUUGAAGCACAAAAACCGUUCAAAGUGGGCAAGGCGUAUUUUAGAUCGUGGUUUAAGUGUCCAAGAUGAAGGCACUAAAGCCGCUAUAGCUGAACAACUCCACCAGCAUGCUCUUUUGACUAGAAAAAUGAAAUCUAUGAAGGAAAGUAGCAGUGAUGACAGCAGCAAUGAGGAAGAAGAUGAAGAUUCUGCUGGUUCUGACCAUGAUGGGCCAUCAAAGAUGUUAACAAAAGCAAAAGAGAAGACACUAAGGGUAUUGGAAGAGGAUGAUGAAGUGCCAAAUUCAGGAGUGCUUUCUUUACCUUUCAUGAUGCGUGGAUUGAAGAAAAAGAAGGAAGAAGCAGCUGAAGAAGCUAAGCUUGCUCUUCAAGAGUAUGAAUCAUCACUGAAUCAACUGGAAGGUGCAGCUGGGCUAGAAAAUACAAAAGCAGGCACUGUGAGUGGCAGAAGAGUGUUUGGUGCAUCUGGAAUGCAGGCUAUAGAAAAAAAUAAUAAGAUCAAAUCAGACAAUAGUUAUGCGAAUAGUGACAGUGAAGAGGAACUCGGGGAGAGAGAAGAUGAUGAUCUUGGCUUGGCCAGAACAAAAGACGUGCAAAAGGAUGUUAAUGCUAAUUCUGUUUUACUUGGUGAGGAUUCUGAGACUCGACGGGAUUCUGUGUUUAAGAGUUAUGAUGAUAUUGUUGGAGAAGCUGGUCCCAAGACAACAUAUGAAGUUUCGAUGUUCGUAUCAGACACUUGGAAAAAGAUGAAAAGCGAAACUAAAGUGGAUACUAAUAUUAAAAGGUCCCCAAAGUUUGUUGAACCUGUUAAGCACAAUCAAGACGAAAAGGUAAUGGGCGAGGAAAGUGAUACAGAUAGCGAAGGACAGAUGGUGGAUGGGAUUUUAUCUUCAGGCGCUAGAAGUUCUUAUGAACUUCCUUCUCAAGCAGAGCUUAUUCGCGAAGCUUUUGCUGGUGACGAUGUGGAAGAAGAAUUUAGCAAGGAUAAAGAGGAGCUUUUGGAUGAGGAAAAUCCUGAACCUGAGAAACCUGUCUUACUACCAGGUUGGGGCCAGUGGACAAGUAUACAGAAGAAGAAAGGCUUGCCUUCCUGGAUGGUGGAAGAGCAUGAAAUUGCAAAGAAGAAAAGGGAAGAUGCUCUUAAGAAACGGAAGGAUGCACAUCUGAAACAUGUUAUUAUCUCAGAGAAAUUGGAUAAAAAGGCUGAAAAAUUGCAUACAAAAACAUUGCCAUACCCUUUCACAUCAAAAGAAGUUUUUGAACAGAGCAUCCGUAUGCCUAUUGGGCCUGAAUUCAAUCCUGCAACAGCAAUUGGAGCUCUCAAUCGGCCUGAAGUGGUGAAAAAACAAGGGCUGAUUAUUAAACCAAUCAAAUAUGAAGAUGUGGAUCCAUACGAAAGAGAGGAGCACAAAAGGAAGAGUGGACAGACGGGGAAGCCAAGAAUAAAAAAGAUUCAGAAUAAAUUAAAGGCGGUGGUGGCCAAAUCAUAAGAAGAUAGAGACAACUAAUACCUCAUAGACAUUUGAGAAAAGAGAGUUUCCGGCUAUGUUUUUUUUUUUUUUUCUGGAAAUCAUCAAAUUUUGUUACCUAAUGAAAUAUGUUCGAGAAGUUCAAGACAGUUUUUUUUUUUUUUUUUUUUUUUUUUGUUGUUGGA